AAAAGAGGCACUAGUCUGCUCGCCUGUCCAGGCUCCGCACUCGGCUUCCUUCAGGGCGCCUUCCUCGAGGGCUGCAGGGAAGAAGGGGAAGGAGGGGCGGGAGACUGGCCUUUUGUGUCUCAACCAUCCAAGACUCUACCAUUUCUUUGAUUAGGCUGGGCACCCCCAUGAACGUAACAAAUGUAUCAGGAAAUGGCACUGCUCCCUGGGAAUCCAGAGCCCGAAUUCACCUCAUAUUCUUACAACAACUUGGAGACACUUUGCGAAGUGCAGACAAAGAAAGGCUUCUUCUACAAAAAAGCCAAGCUUCUGCACCCUGGGGAAGACUUGUAUUGUUUUGCCUGCCGGGAGGACCGAACCCGGUAUGUAAUCAUCAAUGUAGGUGGCAUCAGAUACAGGAUUCCCUGGACUACAUUAGAGAAUUGCCCCUUGACCAGGCUUGGAAAGUUAAAAUCAUGCAACAACUAUGAUGAGAUAAUGGAUAUCUGUGAUGAUUAUGAUGUCAACUGCAAUGAGUUCUUUUUUGACCGCAACCCUUGUGCCUUCAGGACCAUAAUGACAUUUUUGACAGCGGGGAAGCUGAGGCUUCUCAGGGAAAUGUGUGCCCUCUCCUUCCAAGAUGAGCUGGUUUACUGGGGGAUAGAAGAGGAACAUCUGGAGUGGUGUUGUAAAAAGCGACUGCGGCAGAAAGAGGAAGAGAUGGUUGAAGCGGCUUUGUUUGAAGAAGAAAUGAUAGCUAAUGAAGCGCCACAGUGUGCCUUCGAGGAGACCAGCCGUUUGCGUUUGUGCAUGAGGAGGCUCAGGGAUAUGGUGGAGAAUCCUCACUCUGGGAUCCCUGGAAAGCUCUUCGCUUGCAUAUCGGUUUCUUUUGUUGUCAUCACUGCAGUUAGCCUCUGUAUUAGCACCAUGCCAGACCUCAGAGAAGAAGAAGAUCGGGGUGAAUGUUCCCAGAAGUGCCAUGACAUCUUUGUGCUGGAGACUGUCUGUGUGGCUUGGUUUUCCUUCGAAUUCGUCUUGCGCUCCAUUCAAGCAGAGAGCAAGUGCGCCUUCUUGAAGACCCCGCUCAACAUUAUAGACAUCAUGGCCAUCUUGCCUUUCUACAUCUCUUUGAUUAUAGAUUUGGCCUCUACCAAAAAUAGUGACAAGCCUGGAGGCAGCGUUGGAAACAAGUAUCUAGAGAGAGUGGGCCUGGUCCUCCGCACUUUGAGAGCCCUUCGUAUUCUGUAUGUCAUGCGGUUAGCACGGCAUUCACUGGGGCUGCAGACCCUGGGGCUUACUGUGCGCCGUUGCACACGGGAAUUUGGACUCCUCCUCCUUUUCCUUUGUGUUGCUAUGGCACUUUUUUCUCCACUGGUUUAUCUAGCAGAGAGUGAAAUGGGAGCCAAACAUGAAUUCACCAGUGUUCCCAGUAGUUACUGGUGGGCUGUAAUAUCCAUGACGACUGUUGGCUAUGGUGACAUGGUGCCUCGUAGCAUUCCAGGACAAGUGGUGGCUCUGAGCAGUAUCCUGAGUGGCAUUUUGCUUAUGGCUUUCCCUGUUACUUCCAUCUUCCAUACUUUUUCCCGCUCCUACAUAGAGCUUAAAGAGGAACAGCAGCGAGCCGCUAGCAGGCAGCUUUAUCAGGCAGAAAGCAAAAUCCCAAAUGAUGACAGCUCCCAAGAAGGAGAUUCCACAUGUCAAGAAGAGAUAGAUGGGGAGAGGAUUCAACCUGAGACAGAAAAGGACACUAAAGAUUGCUGAUUUAAAACUAAUUAAAGUCUUCCUGGAACAGCAUGGAAAAAGAGAGCAACGAGAUAUUUACAUAUCAGAAGCAAUCACUAAACCAUUCAAAUUAUGGUAGUAGGUCACACAGAAUGAAGGAGAGAGACCAGUUAUUGAGCAAUGAUUUAAGUGAUUAGUGGAGGUAUUUAAAUAAAACUGAGGACAAUUCAGCUUUCAGCAUCUUUAGAAUACAAGAAGAUUAUACAGGAGUGAAAACGUUGCUGUUUUAAGACAAGUUUUCACUGUGCACAUGGGUGAAAAUAACAUUGCUAAAGUAUUUUCUUUUCUUUUAAAAAGAAAAGUGCCCUGGGUACAUGGAGUAUAAAUGAGACUGGAGCAAAGAGUAGACUGCACAAGAGAAUGUCCCUCCCAAAAAGCUGUACCAGCAACUGAUUCAUGUUGCACAUUCUCAUGAAGUGGUCACAAAAAGUGUAAAGGGUGCAUUUGGAAGCACAGGGAUAAAGGGCCUUUUCUAGCUAACUAACAAAACUAUCCCUAGUUUACCUCUGUUGUAGUUUUUUUCUUCAAUAAAAACAAAUCAAUAACCAUGAUUUUGGCUGCCUGCUGACAGGCCUGACGUGCGCUUUAGCUCUUUAUGCAUUAUUUAGUGAACAUGCAGAUUUGCCACAGUAAGCUUUUGCAUCCUAGCCUGGAUGAAAAACAUAUACAGUCUUUGCUAAGGUUUGAAUGUACAUUAUUUUAAAAUGACAUUAUUGCAAUUAUUCUUUCAGCAUUAUAUAGUAUCCUCUUGCCCCCAUGGCCAGUAAAAAGAGUACCGUUAAGGAAAAUCAGUGGCUAUCUGAAGGAUGAUACCCAGUGUGCUCCAGUCCCCCAGCAACUAAAAGCAGGGUUUGGCUUUUUUUUUUCCCUCUUGGGGCAGAUGGGAAAGGUGCUCUUUGCUCACUUCAUUCCCAGAAAAAAGAAACACUGAGCUGAUGCUACUUAAAGUAAAAGACAAGAGCAUGCGUAAGUGAUACAAAAGCAAGCUGCACACACAGAGAUCUCAAUAUGCAAAAGUUGAAUUCUGGGCAUUUGCAAAGAUGCACAAAGAAGAGGAAGCACAAGUCACUUUCACUUCCUGUUUCCCCAAUACAGGUAUUAUAUUACAAAUAAAUCUGCUCUUAAGAUGGAGAAUAAAAUCUCUACAGGCAGCUUCAUUCUACAGGUAUACAAGAUGUAGUCACCAGUAGGCUUUGUUCUGCUCCCAAACAUUUGGCUACAUUUGGAGCAUGCACACAACCUCUUUGCUGCAUCAGUCGGUUGGACUUAUGGCCUAUCGGCUCCCUUUUAACUCUGUGAUGCUAUGAUUCAUGGCUGACCUAUGAAAUGUAUUUCUCAGAAGAAUGAGAACUACAGAGGAGUCGCUGCCAGAAUUGUGCAAAUCAUGCAGUUAUGCCCUUCCUAAAGUGAGAUAGGGAUUGGUCACAGCUAGCUGUAGUGAGCCUCUGUUCCCACUAUCCAAAUAAAAAUAAGUGCUUCAGAUCAGAGCCACCACCCAGAAGGAUUCUAGUGGAAGAGAAGCAUGGUAAGGCUGAUGUCCAAAUUCAUUUCUGACUUGCAAGAUCAUGACAAAGUGGCUUCUUCCAAUUCAUUUUGGGGAGGGGGGGAUGCUGGGGGUAAAAUAGCUGCAUUUAAACAAUGCUGCUAUCAUAUAAGGAUAACCAGAUUAUUUUAAA